AUGGAGGACGACAAUGAGGUCGGACUGCCGCAGAAGGGGAUCAACAUGAUUAUAAAGGUAAGGAAAAGGUAAUUUUGAGCAGAUGAAAGUGUAGAAGGCAAAUCCUAAUGUAAAUUUAUUCUUAAAAUAAUAUUUAACCCUUGAAAGUUACAGUAAAGUAAUUAUUGAAACUUAUUUGUUAGAAUAUUUUUUUCUUCCAAAAAACCUUCCUCUGCUCCUAAAAAAAAAACUAGUGAGGAGUGUUUGACAUCCAAAAUACGCUCCAAAUAAUUUUUGAAACUAAUUUUCUAGUUUCAGGAAGUCGUGCCAGAAAUGCGGAUUGCAAACGAAAGCCGCGAGCUCUUCAAUGCGUGCUGCGUCGAAUUCGUGAAGCAUAUUGCCCGGGAAUCGCAAAGAAUAGCUGGACACGACCAGAGAAAGACCAUCUACCACGAACACGUCCAGAAAGCUCUCUCGAAUCUCCAGUUUCCCGCCGAUUACAUCGAAGCGGCGGAUAGCGUCCUCGGCGAGUGCAAGGUUUCGAAAACCUUCGAAAACUGGUCUAAUUCGAGAAAUAGUUCAGGUGGCUGCUGAGAAGCGGUUGAAAAGAAAAAACUCACGACUGGAGAAAUGCGGGAUUCCAGAAGAGCAGCUGUACCAAAUGCAGCAGCAGCUCAUUGAGCAGGUAAUCCGAAAAAUGCAUAUUUUUCAACUUAAAAAAACUUCGAAAAUGUUAUUUUUUUCAUUUUUAAAAAAAUCAAUUAACUUUCCUGGAGUCCUAAAAUGGUCAAUUUUGAAUUGAAAAAAACAGCUUAUUGUUCAGAGUUUUUCUCCUUUUUAAAAUUGUGAAAAGCACGAAUAAAAUCAUUUUUUGCUUGAUUAAAAAAGUUUGACGCAGAAAAAUCAAACAAAAAAUGUCACUGAGGUAUAAGUUAUAUUUGCUGAAUUUUAAUUUAAAGGAGCAUAAGCAAUAUUUUAAGGUCUUGAAACGAAGAUCAUUCUCCUGGGUUAUUUGAUCUCAUGCAGAUUAUAUUUCUCAAAGAACCCGCAACUGAUUGGUUUGAAAGUUCUUGUUAGAUUAGUCUAGGACAUAGCUUUGAAAAUUGAACGAAGGAAUUUAUUUCUAUCAACGCAGAAACCAGAAGAAUCUAGAAAUCUUAAUUACUGAACUUUUCUGUUCCAGGCGCGACAGCAAGAAGCGGCCCAAGCCCAAAUCAGAAUGGAUCUGGCCGCCAAUGGAACGUUUGCCGCCCCCGCACCUCCUUCCCGUGACGACGAAUAUGAUAUUUAAUAUUCCUCGAUAUGAUCUCUGUACAGUUGAAAGAUGUAUAUUACAACCUUCACCCACUUAUUCUCGAGUCAUCUGGAACUCCUUGCACACUUUUUUCUCGAAAUAAAUGACAUAUUUUUCCUCCACGUGGCAUUGCUUCAAUUGUUUGCGGUCUCAUUUCUAAAAAAAAAAAGUUCCACGUUUUUUUUUCGCUUAUUUUUAUAUCAUUUUCGGUUUUAUCCUUGUCAAUAUCAUUGUAUAAGGUCGUGUAUUUCUGAAGUAGUCGCUUUCUCUGUGAUGUGAGUUUAUAAAGUUUACAAGGUUUUUUUGCCAAGUUCUUUUUUGUUGUUGGUAUGCGGUCCUUGGCCGAUAACUAUUUUUCAUUAUGUUUGUCCUUUGAUUUGAUUUUGAUUUUUGAGUAUAUAAUUUGCAGCCAAGAGUACAAAACAUGGCUGCCGGCGGUGACAGUGACAGGGAUGAGAAGGAUUUGCUCGAAAGUCAAAGAGCUCUCUAUCCAUUGAAGAGAAACUGGACCUGGUGGUAAGUUUUUGAGAAGUUAGGCAUUCUUUUUGGAGAUUCACUCUUUUCUUAACUUGGCCUGAAAUUUGAUAUUUUUCCAGUUUACCCGUGCCUUUUUGUCUUGAUUUGUUCAUUGAAAUCGAAUAAUUUUCAAAAAUUGAACUAUUUGUGAAAACGUGGAAACGAGAAGUUUUUCUGUAGUUUUUUGUAGUUCUGCGUGUCUUUUUUGGAUAUUUUGUGCAGUUUUUAGUUUUUUUCUGAAUAGAUGACCUUCCAAAAAAAUAGUUAAUUAAUUUCUUAAUAGUGAUGUGAUUUCAGAAGGUCCAUAGUAAGCUUUUCAAAGCUGCAAAUGAAUUUUCGUUCUUUUCAAAACUUUAUCCACCUUUACUACUAGAAAACGACCAUUUCCAGGUAUCUGAAUGAUGAGCGCGCCAAGGACUGGGAAGACCGUCUGAAGAAAGUGUACACGUUUUCGAGUGUCCCAGAAUUCUGGGCCCUGUACGACGCCAUACGUCCCCCAAGUGGUCUUAACGCCCUCUGCGAUUACAACGUCUUCAGAGACGGAAUCCAGCCCAUGUGGGAGGUUCGUAGAGAAUAUAAUAUAAUUGAAGAAAUAUUGAAGGCAAAGGUGGUCUGAAAUCAUCGAAAAAAAAAUUUUGACCCAGAAGGAUAAUUAGAAAACUAAGUACAAUGUGUUAUGCGCGAAACUGUCCCUUUCCAAAAGCACAUCUGAAAAAAAAAGCCGCCGUAAAUACCGUUCUGCUCUUCAAGAACUGCCAAAGGACAGCCAAAAACAAAGUUUUUGAGCCGAAUUUUGGUCAAAUUCAGUAUAAGGUCUUUUUUCCGGAACACAAUAAUUACCCAAAAAAAAAAUUUUCACUUAGAACUUGUUCUUUUGUAGAUUGUGAAAUAAUUGCUCAUUUUACGGAGGUUUUUUUUAUUGAACAUGGUUUUAAAGUGAAUGAUAUUGUUUAGGAAAGAACGUCCUUGAAAAGUUAGAAUAAUAAUUAACAAAAUAUCCGGUUUCACGUGUUUUUCAAAUAAGAAUGGCUUUCGUGAUCAGAUUGCUUCGAAACACCUUCCUAGAGUACAAAGUAGAAAAAAAUGGAACAAGCGGAGUUACGUUGUGGGAAAGACUAAUAAAUGUAAUUUUUAGUUUGAAAUUUUUACUUGAGAUGAAAAACUUAAUUAGUCAAGGAAAAGUGGUUUAAAAAUCUCUAUAAAUUAGGCUUGAAAAUAUUUUUUACCUCAGGAGCUAUUGUUGGCAAAAUUGAAAUCAAAUCAAAAUCUCAGGUGGUUUAGCCCCUUCCCUGCCUCCUUUCAUGUUUUUUUUUAUGUGCCCCUGUAUGAAAAUCACGAUUUUUUCCAGGUGAAAGAAAAUCAGAGCGGCGGUCGUUGGCUAAUCACCAUCGAAAAGGGACGACCGGCGGAGCUGAUGGACGUCAUAUGGCUGGAGAUUCUGAUGGCGCUCAUCGGCGAACAGUUCGGCGACGCCAUGGAUUCCAUCUGCGGCAUCGUCUGCAACGUCCGCAACAAGGGCAGCAAAAUCAGCGUAUGGACCAAGGACAGCAACGACGACGAGACGAACAUGAAGAUUGGGUACUCGAAUAGUGUGAAUUUCCUGAUUCAUUUGACUUUUUCAGACAAGUUCUGAAGAACAAACUACUUGGAGCCGACGUCCCCAAGCACAUUCCAAAGCCGUUGUUCGACGUUUUGCGCUACGAGGACCAUGAAAGCUGUCAGAAGAAGAGCGGUAGUACUGUUAAGGUGAUUAUCGUAGUACUUUAUAAUGAAAAAAGUAAUUUCUGUAGGUUUUCGAGGCUUGAAAUGUGAGAAAAUGAUCACAUUUAUAUGAUAUCUAAAUUUUUGUUUCAAAGAUUCAUAAGAAAUAUUUUUAUCCAGAAAAUGGGUCAGCAUUGAGAAAGACUUAAGUGGCCACUUGAAAUUAUCGCGGGGAGAGAUAGAUCACUUUAGGGACCACUUGAAAUGUAGCUCUGAAAAACUUUACUUUUUUGUCCGAGUCCUUGUUACCAUCCUUGAAUAUCGUUUCAAGCCAGCAAAUGAUUAAUAAUGGUCACUAAAAGUAGCAGAAGAGGGUCCACUUAAGUGGCCACUUAAAAUAUCGUGAAGGGGGAGAUUAAUCACUUUAGAGGUCACUUGAGAUGUUGAUGACAGAAAAAUAUUGUUUUUUUUUUGGUUUAUGAAUAAUUUUUCGAACCAGCAAGUUAUAAACUGUAAUGCCCCUAGAAAGAGCUGGGAAUAAUUCACUCAAGUGGCCACUUGAGAUUUCAAUCCAUCAUUAAAUGAAUCCAACUUUGAAAUUUUUUCUAUUCACAUCUUGAUAUUGUGUGUUACUAUCUAUGCGUCACUCGAAAAAGCUUUUAAGGGACCGGGACCACUUCAUUUUUUUCAACUCUUAUAUAUAAACUUGAAAAUUCCAAUAAUCUUUUUUCAGGCUAAACUUUCAAUCAGUGCUGUCGAUCUCCCGGAAAGAACUUAA